UCACGCAAAAAAGGUUUGACAGUUUCUGACGAGCGUGAAAGUCGAGUGAAAAUUCGGAACAGAAAAUAUUACUCAUUUUCGUGCAUAUUGACGAUAGUUUUCCAUGUCGUUUUUGCCUUAAAAUACUGGUGAAUUUAAAAUUUUGAAAUAAUGGAAGACGACCUUCCGAAUGAGUUUGAUCUUAUAGUGAUCGGGACAGGUCUCUCGGAGUCGAUAGUGGCGGCCGCUGCUAGCCGCAUUGGAAAAACUGUCCUGCAUCUGGAUGGUAACGAGUACUACGGAGGCUUUUGGGCGUCGUUCAACUUUGAAAGCCUUCGGCAGUAUGCGCAGGGCUGCAGCGCGGCUGCGAGCUGCGGCCCCGAUGAAAAAGUGGAACAAAAAGCUGACGAAAAAUUUAUUCCAAUGGUGAAAGCCACGUUCAUUGAAAAUGUUAGCGAAGGAUGGUUCAACUUUGAGGAACGAGGAGGCCUCGGUGGGUGGAAUAAGGAAAGCAUUAUGAAAGAAUUUAGGCGAUUUAACAUCGAUUUGGUUCCAAAGCUGCUGUACGCACGAGGAGCCAUGGUUGAGUUGCUCAUAUCAUCCAACAUCUGUCGGUAUGCAGAAUUCCGUGCUGUUGAUCGUGUGGCGACGAUUUGGAACGGCCGGAUUAUGACGGUGCCGUGUUCUCGUUCGGAUGUGUUCACCAGUCGCGAUGUUAACGUGGUGGAGAAGCGUCUUCUGAUGAAGUUUCUGCAGAGCUGCGCUAGUUAUGAGGUUGAGGGCGGAGAUCAUAAAACGGAAGACAUAGAGGGAAAAACCUUUCUGGAGUAUUUGAAGGGACACAAGUUGACACCGAACUUGAUUCAUUAUCUGCUGUAUACAAUUGCUAUGGGCAAUGAUACUACCAGCUGCCGUGCUGGGCUGGAAGGAGUCCGAAAGUUUCUACUCAGUCUGGGACGUUAUGGGAACAGUCCCUUUCUGUUUCCCAUGUACGGCUGCGGAGAAAUUCCACAGUGUUUCUGCCGACUUUGUGCCGUUUUUGGAGGAAUUUAUUGCUUAAAUAGGAAAAUCGAUGGCAUUAAUUUGGAACGGCCAGCGGAGGGGGGUGAGCUGCGCUUCAAAAAUAUUACUUGUGGCGGAAAAACCAUUCAAGCAACAAAUCUAGUCAUUGGGCAAGGGUAUGUUCGGGAAGAAGUGUUUGCUGGCAAAAAUGCGUCAGAUACGAAAAGCCCACAUCAAAAAUACUGCGGUAGAAUGGCUCGCGCUAUUUUCCUUACUAACAUUCCACUAGGCGGAGCCUCUCAGAAUACGGGUGGUGGUGGAGCCUCGCUCUUGAAGCUUCCACCAGUGGAGGGGCAUGAGGAUGGUGCUACCAUUAUCCAACUAGCACAUUUCAGUGGCACUUGUCCAAAGGACAUCUAUCUAAUUCAUGUUACGGCUCGAUCACUCACUGGAGAUCCGCGCACGGACUUAGAACCAUAUGUGACACAAAUCCUCAAACCAAACGCACCGACUUUACAGCUUACCUCAGCCGAAGCGGAAGUUUUUGAAAAUGACAUCGAAAACGACAUUUCCACUAUUCUUUACGAACUAUAUUUCAACUUACCCGCGUGCUUGGCCUGUCGGCAGACUGACACUUGCUCUACUCCCCAAGGCAUUCAUCUUGCUUGUGGUCCCCUUCACGAGCUGGACUACGACGAGAGUAUAGGACGUGCGAAACAGAUCUUCCAAGACAUCUAUCCAGAGGAAGAGUUUCUGCCCCGUGCUCCCGAUCCCGAGGAAAUUAUCAUUGGCGAUCAGACGGACGAAGCACAAGAAAUCACAGCCAGUGUGGAAGAAUGCCACCAAGACACGGAGAAGGUGGAAAGUGGCUGCGAAUGUCAGGAGAAUGAAUCAACUUCAAGUGGGGCCGAGCAGGUAGCGGAAACUGAUGCAGCAGCAGCUAACAAGCGACUUUCGGAUGCCCAAGAAGCGAAAGAGGAUGCGGUGGAAAAUGCUGAAGAAUGUAUCGAACAGAAGUAAUCAAACGUCUUUUGUAGGCUUCACGCUUAAAAUUUUGCUUGCAUUUGCUUGUUUCGCGUAUAUUCUCUAAUCGUCAUUAGUCAUAACACUGUGUGUAACUGUGUAGCACUUUCGUUUGAAUAGAGGCAAUAAAUUAACUAUAUUUCGCAGCUUA